AUGGCAAAUACUCCUGAAAUCACGUUCAACGCAUCGCAAGCCGUCUCUCGGAAGCCACCACGUCACAGUAGACGCCACAGCUCGCCCGACGUCGAGGCGAGCAGUCGAAUUGGAGCACCACCACGAGCACCACCACGAGCACCACCACCAGCCAUCAUUCCAGCGGCAAUACAACCCCGCACGCCCCUCACCCUCGCCGUCCCGAUGCCCGCACCCGGCGCCCUCCCCCUUCUCAUCUGCAGUAUCGGCAACCCCGGGAGCAUAUACGCCAACACCCUGCACAGCGCCGGCCACACCGUCCUCAAUCGCCUCGCUGCACACCUGGGUGCCCCUGCUUUUCAGAAAGACCGUAGUCUAGGAGACGGGCUCGUCACGAAACCUCCGCCCGUGGAGGGACGAGGAGAUUGGACGCUCUGGCAGAGUACAGCAUACAUGAAUGAGUCUGGCAAAAGGGUUCGCGCAGCCUGGAACACAUGGUCCCGCGCCCUGCCCUCCGAGGGUGGCGACGGCAGGCUCGUGGUUGUUUAUGACGAGCUCGAGCGCCCGUUAGGGAGUGUCACUGUCCGCACGAACGCUGGCGCGAGCGCAAAGGGGCAUAACGGGCUCAAGAGUAUUAUGGCUACGAUGGCGGGGAAGGGGUUCGUGAGGAUUGGAGUGGGGAUUGGACGGCCGGAGAGUCGGGAGAGUGGGGUUGUGUCGAGGUACGUGUUGAGGAAGAUGACUGUAUCCGAGAAGGGACAGAUUGAGGGGGCGGUUGAGGAGGUUGUGGGGAGGUUGGGGGAGCUGGGGAGCGGGCGUGAUGUGAGAUGA